AUGGGCUUUCUGAAGUUAUCCCCUUUCCUGGUUGUCAGCAUCUUGUUCCUGUACCAGGCAGGCAGCCUCCAUGCAGUACCUUUCAGGUCAACCUUGGAAAGCAGCCCAGGCAUGGCCACUCUCAGUGAAGAGGAAGCUCGCCUGCUGGCUGCACUGGUGCAGGACUAUAUGCAGAUGAAAACCAGGGAGCUGGAGCAGGAGGAGGAGCAGGAGGCUGAGGGCUCCAGCCUGGACAGCCCCAGAUCUAAGCGGUGUGGGAAUCUGAGUACCUGCAUGCUGGGCACAUACACACAGGAACUCAACAAGUUUCACACCUUCCCUCAAACUGCAAUUGGGGUUGGAGCACCUGGAAAGAAAAGGGAUGUGGCCAAGAACUUGGAGACAAACCAUCACAACCAUUUUGGCAACUAA